AACAAAUAGAAUUAAAUAACAAUAUGAAAAUACAAGGUCUGUGCAAGAUAUGCCAAGCUGCAGUGUCGAAAUACAAGUGUCCAAAAUGUGACACUGAAUAUUGCUCUGUCAAUUGUUAUAAGUCACACAAGGAAGAUAACAAUUGUGAAGGUAAUAAACCAAAACAAAAUCCAUAUCCAAAAACUCCAGAAAUACAUCAAAAAACCUCAUUGGAUGAUGAUAAUGACUGUGAUAAGAUAUCGAUUGCAGAUUUAAAUAACUUGAAAUCAUCAAUUGCAUUGAAAGAUUUGCUGAAAAAUCCCCACUUGAGAACUAUUUUGUGUGAAAUGGACAAAAGCGGGUGCAAAGAGGAACAUUUGUCAAACUUAAUGCAGGAACCUAUAUUUGUUGAAUUUGCUGAUGAAUGUUUAAAAACAAUUGGUCAAGGACCUGAUAUUACAUGAUGAAUAUAUUUU